AAUAUGAUUGUCGUUCAUUGCUACCAGGAUGUCACGCGCCCAAGACGCCCUGGACGCCUCCAUGAGCCAGUACGAGGCUAUCAGCGCCGUUGUUCUCCUUAUCAGCAUGAUAGCCCUGCUGGCGCUGUGUGCGCCGGGACCUAGGGGAGGUGCAGUUGGACAGGGAAACCCCUCCCCAGUGUGGAUUCAGUCAAUCAGUCCCGACCCCGCCCUUGACACGGGUAUCCUUGGUUGCUCAGACGGCAUGAACAUCAUCAACCAGAACUGCGUGCAUCGACACCGGAAGGGUACUUUCGAGACCGACGGCGCCCGGUGGGGAGCUCCGUUAUCCAAGGGUAAACAUGUGUUCGAGAUCUACUGGCCAACCGUUGGGCGUGGCACGCACGCUACCGCGGGGGUAGGGACCGAGAGCGCGCCCAUGUUUGUGAAACCCAAGGACUCCCUUGUAGGCAGCAACCCCAAGUCCUGGGGCCUCGACAUCGUUCGCAAGAAGGCCGUCCAUAACUCACAGGCUGCUGACGACGUGCCCAAGGGCCGGGCUUGUACCCGAUGCCUUUCAUAUACAUGGCAUGUUUUCAGAUUUUACAUGUACGUUGACUGCGACAGCGGCACGGUUGGGUUCGGCACCGACUUCGCCUACUAUGGCGCCCCGCUCCGCUUCCCCCUUGACAAGCUUCCGGUUUACGCCAUGGUCGGGUGCUGCCAGCCGAACGCUCAGAUAACGAUGAUCUACAGGGGUUCCGAAAACCGCGCCGCCAUGCCGAGUCAGAUCAACAAGGCAGUGGUUCCUAGCAUUGGUCCCGGCGGAGCUGUCAACGUCGUCGUCGUCAACACUAACCAAACCGCGUAUGCCGGCUACCCUCCACCAGGUGCCGUUGCUCCUGGUCCAGCGUAUGGGACAAAAGGGGAGCCUGUCCCCCCACCGGCAUACAACGCGUAAUGUGUUACGUCAUCAUCGAGAUUGGACGUCAUUAAAAAAAAAACUGUUUUGCAUUUUUGCUCACGCGCAUUUAUUUACAACGUUUUUUAUUAUUACUUGUGUGCAUAUGCUAUACUUGACAAUAUAACUGCAAUAAAACAUCGAGUUAAUCAAUCAAACGGUUACGCCCCAUAGGCAGUUUGUUUCCAAUAUGACACGUAGUAUGAAUUAUUUGUGAUCUUAAUAAAUAUUAUUUUAUU